AGCGCUCCCGCGUUGCACUGCGGGACUUGUAGUUCCGCGCGCGGCCCUCAGCGCGGGCGGAGGCGCGGCGCGGACUACGAAUCCCGUGGUGCUUUGCGGGACGGCCUGGCGAGGCAGCGGGCCGGGCAGGGCCGGGCCGGGCCGAGCCGUGCAGGAUGUCGCGCCAGGCCGGCCGCGGCACCGAGAGCAAGAAAAUGAACUCGGAGCUCUUCACGCUGACGUACGGCGCUCUGGUCACCCAGCUGUGCAAGGACUACGAGAAUGACGAGGACGUCAACAAGCAGCUCGACAAAAUGGGUUACAACAUAGGUGUUCGGCUGAUAGAAGACUUUCUGGCGCGGUCCAAUGUAGGAAGAUGCCAUGAUUUCCGUGAAACUGCAGAUGUUAUUGCAAAGAUAGCGUUUAAAAUGUACCUGGGCAUCACUCCGAGCAUCACCAACUGGAGUCCUGGAGGUGACGAGUUCUCCCUGAUCUUGGAAAACAACCCCUUGGUGGACUUCGUGGAGCUCCCUGACAACCACUCAACUCUCAUCUAUUCCAACCUUCUGUGUGGAGUGCUGCGGGGUGCCCUGGAAAUGGUUCAGAUGGCCGUGGAUGUGAAGUUUGUCCAGGACACGCUGAAAGGGGACAGCGUCACAGAAAUCCGAAUGAAGUUCAUCAGGCGGAUUGAAGACAAUCUUCCAGCUGGUGAAGAGUGAAACGCCGUCCGGUCUCCCUUUGGGACUGGGGGGGACCAGCUGGUUUUGGCCGUUAGCUUUCACCACAGAUCUGUAGGGAUAUAGUGUUUUCAUCACGGAUCUGUAGGGAUCUAGUGCCCCUGUACGUUCAGACUGACUCACUGACUGUUUAAGAUGAUGUUAUAUUCUUCUACUGUUACUUCCAUCUUCUGUAGAAGACAAUUGUCUGGUUGCUUUUUGUUUCACAGGUUCAUUCUGAAGCUUUUUCAUAAGGUGAUGUCAUUUUCAUAUUCCCCUGGGAAAUCUUUCUACACUCAGUUUCUAAUUGUGACGUUUGGUUGUGCAAGAACUACUGCUCCAACCCUAAAAGAGCUCCAGUCUGUCCAAAUUUGAACCCAAGUUUUACAACGGGAAUUGGAGACCAAGUUGUAAGAGCCUACUGAUUUACUGUUAACGCUGUCCUUAAAAAGAGUUGUUUAAAAUUCACUUGGAGACGAGCGCAUAGCAUUUCUGUAGACCAAACUGGCUUGUUGAUUCUGAAGUUACUAGUAAAAUGCAAGCUUGAUACAAGGGGUGAUGUGGGAGAGCUGCUUGAGUGCACGGCACCCUCUUGGGAAGCUCCUUUUCCCAGCGAGCAGCGGCAUCUCGCAGCACCCACAGCCUCAGGGGGUCCACAUGGCCUGGUUCUCUUCCCCCAGCAGCACUUCUGGAAGCAGACUCAGCAACGCCCUUCUCUGAUGGGACUUUGUAGUCCCGCAGCUUCCCUUGUGGAAGGGCAGGACCAGUAAAUCAUCUGGGAAAACCACUGAAUAUUUUAAAUGGAGGGAAAGAACGAGCGGCUGUAAUGCCCCCGGUGCCCUACAGCCUGGGGCUGUGUGCUGAGUGUGCAGAACCAGACACUCAGGCUAACAACUGGAAGGUAUUAAAUGCGUUUCAGCAAGCGGA